AUGGCCAAACCCGCCAAGUUCUUGCGUAAUGUUCCACGCUGGUCGACGCUGUUUCCGGUGGUGCUGUAUGUGCUGUUUAUCCUGUGCAUCCUAGUGUUGGCGUUUUCCUCCCGAGGGCAAAGUGAUGGAAAGUUCCGAAAAGGUGAACAUGGGUCCAUCAAUGGUGUGUCAAACAACAGUCCAAACGUGCCCGCCGCCCCGCUCGUGUACCGUAAGCUGGAGGAGAGUGUUGUCAAAGAGUUGUCCGCGGCAUUCGCUAAAGCCGAUACGAAUGGUGACAAGCAUCUGACCGUGCAAGAGUUGGCAAAGUUUAUAAAUUUCAAAAUUCGCGAACACAUCGACGAAGCCAUUCGCACCAAUCCAAUCAUGUUUGUCGAGAUUGACCAUAAGCCGCGCGAUGGUCUUGUAAGCUGGGACGAGUACCAAAGCUAUUGGUUGCGGACGAAAGGCAUCCAAGGGGACAGCCACAUGAAGAAAGCCAUGUUUGAUAAGCUGGACCGCAAGAUAAAGGAAUCGAUUGCACGGGACAAGGCACACUGGAUGGAAGCGGCCCGUACCGAUCCGCUCAGCUUGACACUGGAUGAGUUCCUAUCCUUCCGGCAUCCGGAAUCGAGCACGGUUAAUUUGCUGAACCUGGUUGACGAUAUACUGCGCCAGUUCGAUGUGGACGGUGAUGAUCUGUUGACGGUGGAGGAAUUUUCCGACGUUCAAACGACGGAUCUGGGCGAGGGCAAAAAGUUCAUCCUUUCGCAGAACGUACGCGAACGGAGGGAAGAGUUCGCGAAGGUAAUUGACAAAAACCGUGACGGCAAAGCGGACCGGGGGGAACUGCUUUCGUACGUUGAUCCACGGCAUCCACGUUACGCCAUUCAGGAAGCUUCGACGUUAUUCUCUCUAGCAGACGCAAACAGUGAUAAGAAACUCGUAAUGCACGAGGUGCUGGCCAGCUCGGCAAUAUUCAUAUCCUCGAAGAUGAUCCAUACGGCAGAAAGUUUUCACGAUGAAUUUUAG